AUGGCGGCCACAACAUCACCAACUCUCGCGCCUACAACAACUUUUGCUGGCCGGCUCCAUCUUCAUCGCCAACUUGUGCUACACCUGGGCCACGUUCAGCUGGAUCCUCCCAGUCAUCGGGUAUCUCGCACGGAGCAAGCUCAACGAGUAGAUUGCCGCCCCCUGCGCAAGUGUAUGCCAAGGCCGACUUUUACUCCAUUGCCAAGGGACACCUCAGAUUCUGGCCGUCGUCUCUUCUGUCUCUCUGGCGAAUCGCACGUCCCGCCGUCAACAAGCCCUUUGGCGUCAACGUAG